GCCGGCCUGUCUCCCGAGCCUGUAGUCGCUCCGACCGCGAUCGCCCGCGCGCACGUCGCGAUCUCUCGCGCCGCACGCAACACGCUCGACGAUAACGCGCCCUAUUUUGAACGCAACAACACUCUAGCUACAAUAACCGCUCAUUCACAACAGUGUGCGGUUGUAAAACUACGGGCCAUUAUUCAAUAACAAACGAAAUCGAAGGAUCGGCCCGAAACCGGCUCUGUGACCAUAUGAUCCGCAUUGUGUCCGUCUGAACUGCACGGUGAUCUCCGGCAUCGGCGCGCAGUCACGAUGUGGAUCGGCAAUUGAGAAGUGCAUUUGUCUCUUUGUCUAGACAUCCGUGUGAAGAUGACUCAAUGACAGAGGACUUUCUCGCGUGUGUUUGGUUCUGUGACAUGGUUAUGUUGGAGAUGUGAAUGUUGACGUUUCUGGUGGUGCAAAUUGGAUAGUGCGAUGGCUGGUGCUAGUGAGGAGGGUGGCGUGGAGGAGGUGUCCCCGGUGGCCGGUGGUCCCGUGGAGGGCCGCAAGCGCGGGCUGAGCGGGUCCAUGUCGCUGCGCACGCGCAAGCUGGGCCGGCGGCUGUCGCGCAGCAUGUCCAUCGUGGCGCUGAAGCUGCCGGAGAAGGCCCACAGCAUCACGAGGUCCUCGUCUAAGCUGAUGCGAUCCGCCAAUCGGGACAAGAAGAAUCGCUCGUUUGACCUCUCCAUCAUACUUCCGGAUAAAACUCAGAAACAGGUGGUCGUGGUAGGCAACAGCACUGUAGCCGAAGUGGUGUGUGAGCCCCUCCAAGAGGCUGGUGCCGUAGUAGCGGGCUUGCCGACGGGACCCCUCUCCGCUCCUCAAGCCGUUUCACUAUCCGGCCCCCUGCCGCCUCCAGCCGCGCUGUCGGGACCCCCGGCCCCACCAGCCGCUCUACUCUUCUUAGGAGGCUCCAAAGCCCCCGUAGAACCCAGGGCUUCUGCGGCUCAUCUAGAAGGCGAGGUCCUCGUCGUGGAAUACCAGCCUCAGCAAUGGGACGGCAAGGACUUGGAGACGUUCAUUGCGUGGGAGAAGAUAUACGCUGCCACAUUAUUUUCGGCGGUGGAGUUGUACGGGAAGCCGCUGUUACGAGCUGCAGUCAUAACCAAAGAGGAAUAUCACUUACUAUUUUACUAUAUGGAGUCUGUUUCUGAAGCAAGCGAAGCUCUUACAGAACGUAUGAGAAAAUACAUAGACUCGGGUUUACUCAUUAACGAAACUAGCACAAUCAAAGAAGCAGAUUCAGAAUCGAUUACAUCAAAAAAGUCUCUGAUUACUGAAGAACCAAAAAGCAUAUUGACCGAACUCAUUCAAGAAGGAGUAAUCUCUCAACAAGACAUAGAUGCUGCGUCAGAAAUCACAAACUCAGAGUUCAACGAACAAGUAACCGAUAACCGUAAAUCAGACGACGAUAAUGGUUCGAGUGUUUCCUCUCUAAGUGCAGGUCUACGUAAAGUGAUUGUCGACAUCCCAUUAGACUGCAGCGAGUCUGUGGCCGAUAGUUCCAUUAUAGAGAGUAACGAUAAUGUGACAACCGUAACAAUUAGGAGUGGCGGGCAGUGCUGCGCAGAUCACAGAAUAUCCGCCGACGUUACAGAUAACGUCUGGGCUAACGUGAGAUGGGAUUUCUUAAAUCCUAAUGACUUCGGAUACGAUCAAGUUCGAAGCGUCAAGCGAAGUCGCUCCGACUCUGCAAUCACGCCGGUAGCGAGACGCAAAAAUGAAGAUAUUUACGAAACCCUGCGCGACGUCGAGGGCGAAUCUUGCGGAAGUAUAACUCCUUAUGAAUCUAUUGAAGACUUGUAUGAUUGUAUCAAAAACUCUCAGUAUGCAAGUGCAGCGGCAGAAGAAUCCUCACCAUCGACGGAGAGUCAGUCUGAGCCGCAGUACCCUGACUUUUACGAAAAAACGAGCACUACCCGCCAGAGCUCUGCUAGCAGUGAAAAAAGUGGCGCCUCAUCCGCGUUUCCAUUUUCGAAAUGCGGUUCGAGCGAUUCGACGGGCGCGUUCACGUCGUGCGAGUCUACGGGCGCGUUCACGUCAUGCGAGUCGACUAGCGGGAUCAGCACUUUUGCUACGAAAAGCAUCCCGGAGUCGCUGAAGUGCCGAGAGCUGCCGCCCCCGCCGGAGGGCGACGCGAGUGAGAGCGUGAUCCUCAUGAAGCAGCUGUUCAUGGGCGAGCUGAUGGACGCUUACGGAGAGUUCCUGUCGGCGUACCCGUACGCGCGCGCGCUGCUGCGGCGCAAGGCGCGGCGGGACGAGCACUUCACCGCGCUCUCUGACAUCCGAAGAGGAGCUGCCAAGUACACCAUCUCUGACUACCUCGAGUUACCGGUAAGUGUUCCUACAUUCCUAUGCAAAGCAGCGAUUGAUGCUAUAAUAGCCGUAUGCAAUUGA